CCUGACCUGAGUUGGAUUUGAGUCGCUCGCAAACUCAAACCCGGUCCGAGUCAAGCUCACGAGUCGGUGCGUCACGAGUAAGCAAAUCGACCGUCGCGAAUGCCUAUAGGGGGCGGUCACCUCCACGCUUUCGUCUCUCGUCUGUCUAGGAAGAGAGGAGACGAACUCGGAGAAGAGGGCGAUGAAGGGUUCCACCACCUCUCCUUCCCCUUUUUUUGUCCUCCACCUCCUUCUCUCCCUUCUCUCUCACGACUCUCUGCUGGUCCUCGCUUCGAGCGAUGAAGCGCCUCUCCAAGACAUUAAUUUGGAAAAUCCAGUUUUAGAAUUCAGUUCAUUGCCAUACGCUGGACAUUCAUGUCAGCGGGUUCGUGUGACUGGCAUGUCAAGGUUGAACCUCAAGUCAUAUGCCAGUUCUGUACGUGUUGCUUUGAAGGUUUCAGAAUCCAUUCCUGAAAGACUUGGAGGAAAGAUACGAGUUUGCUUCCAUUGGAAUGCUUCUACUAGUUUAUGUCAAUGUGAGGAGGAGAAGUGGGAAUCUCUUCGAGACAACCAAUGGAGUUCAGUGAUAUCACCCUAUGAUGACAGAUAUAUUGAUGUUAAAACUAUUGAUAAAAUAUCUACUUCCUUCGCAGUUUCUCUCGAGGAAGAGCUUCAACAGUGGCGCCUGGUUUGCCUUGGUUUUGGAUUUCUCUUGCUGCUCAUGGCACCUACUGUCAGCAAUUGGGUGCCUUUCUAUUACAGCAGUUCAAUGGCUUUAGGAGUUCUUCUUGUUGUUUUGAUCAUUCUGUUUCAGGGGAUGAAGUUACUACCCACAGGCAGGAAAAGCAUCCUAUACUUCACAAUCUGUGGAUCUAUUGUGGGUGUUGGUUCAUUUAUUGCACACUACUUCUCCACAUUUGUCAAUUCUGUUCUUGUUACUUUUGGCUUGAGUGAAGAGUUGCAUAAUCCUGUUUCAGUUUUUAUAGUAGUGGGAGUAAUCUUGUCAGGAGCAGCUUUGGGUUACUGGAUAGUGCGAAAAUUUGUCCUUUCUGAAGAUGGAACUGUAGAUGCUGGCAUAGCACAGUUUGUGAAGUGGGCAAUGCGUUUUACUGGGGUUGUAUUUAUCCUCCAGAGCACUCUUGAUGUCCCUUUGGCAUUGGCUGCGUUGGCUGUUUGUUGGAACUUCAGUUCUCUUAUUAAUUCGAAGAAGUGGCGGCAAGCACCGGUGAAGAAUCAUAGUCUAUGGCAGCAAAAGGCUAGGCAGUCACCUUAUAAUAGGCAGGCUGAAUUCUUGAGUCCUAUAUCUAAGAAAGAGCCCGGAAGGGCAUUUUGGGGAAGCUCAAGCCCAUUUUCUAUGUCUCUGUCACCGUAUCAAGGAAAGAGCUACUCAUCCUCCAGGCAAGGGAGACAGCAGAACAAGGACUACUACUCAACCUAUCAUAAUCUGCCAGUAAGAAAGUUCUCCAAGAAAGACUGGGAUAACUUCACACGUGAGUCGACCAACACAGCCCUAACAGAAUGGGCGUCGACCCCCGACGUUGCCAAAUGGAUUGCUGAGAAUGCUCACCGCAUGCGGCUUGAUCAAGGCAGCAGCUCCGGGGAGACCAUGGAGAGCUCAUCGGGUUCAUCCGAAGAAACUGUCUUGGAGAAUGGGAGUGGGCUAAGUUUCUUCAAGUGGUUAUGAUUAUGAAUUCAGCUGGGCGCAGUAUCCUAAAUGUCAUUAUGACAUAUGGAUGAAACCUGACUUCCUACUCAUGUUAGUGCUGAUAGACUUAGGUUAGACUAACCAUCUUAUUUUGGAAAAAAAAUGAUUUGCAUGUCAAAAGCCAGAGGAUCAGUGUAGGAUCAUUGUUGUGAAAUAUACGGUUUAUUAAACGGCUGUGGUUGAUUUAAUGAUCAGUGUAGGAGAACAUGAUGCUUUUUGGGAUGUCAGAAAAGAGGGAAGAAAACAAAGAAAUUUUAGGUACGAUUCAUGUAUUUGACUUUGCACUCUAAUCUGUGUGUAAUGUGAAUUUCCUGUAAGCCUUUUUGUCUCUAAAAAUUUUAGGUGAAAAUAAUUAAU